GUUCAUGGAGGAUAAGAUCAGUGCCCUCAUUAAAGCGGCGGAUGUAAAUGUUGAACCUUUUGGGCUGGGCUUGUUUGGAAGGCCCUGGGGCCAAUGUCAACAUCAGGGCCUCGUCUGUAAUGUCUGUAACGCAGGGGCUGGUGGACCUGCGUCAGCAGCCAGGGCUCUGCCAGCAGGAGGUCCUGCUCCCUCCACCAGGGCUGCCCCAGCUGAGGAGAAGAAAGUGGAAGCAAAGAAAGAAAUCAGAGGAGUCUGAUGAUGACAUGGGCUUUGGUCUUUUUAACUAAACCUCUUCUGUAUCCUGUUCAAUAAAAAGCUGAACUCUUAAAAAAAAAAAAACAAAAACU